AUGGCUGGUAGCAAUGGCUCUCAGGGUCCUAAGGUCGCAGGUAUCUGUAUAGCAUUUGCCGCCUUGACCUUCGUUGUUCUGGCUCUUCGUCUCUUUUCACGCAUUUUUGUCUUGGGUCAAAUGGGCGUUGACGACUCGAUCAAACAUGGACUUGGAAAACACAUUGGGGAUGUUGACCAAGCCGGGAUGGUCGACUAUGCUUUUGCCGUCUGGCUGAGCUCAAUGUUCUAUCUCGCAACACUUGGAUUCAUCAAAACUUCCGUCCUAUGGUUCUAUACUCGCCUUGGGGAUCGCUAUCUCACUCGCCUAUCCUGGGUUAUGAUGGGAGUUAUCAUAGCACAAGCGACCUCGUUUGUUCUCGUGGCUGCAUUCCAAUGUCAACCCAUCAGCAUGGCCUGGACUGGUACUGGACCUGGAAAAUGUGUCACCAUCAACAUUUUCUACCUGUGCAACGCCGCCCUGAACAUUCUCACCGAUAUCUUGACUUACACCUUGCCCAUCAAGGUGAUAUUCAGUCUCCAGAUGCCUCAAAAACAGAAGUUUAUUCUGGCUAUCAUCCUCUGUCUUGGUCUUUUCGCUUGUGUCUCCUCGAUCAUCCGAAUCACCUACAUCCCUGCCAUGCUUACCUCGAAAGACUCCACCUACGCCAUUAGCGGUGCCAUGUACUGGUCAGUCAUCGAAACCAACGUCGGCAUCUUUGCUGCUUCAAUUCCCUCAUUCAAAGCGAUUGCUUCCCGCUUCGUGCCCCGCUUCAUCGGCGAAUACAGCAGUGGGAAGAAAUAUGGCCCCUGGUCAAGCAACACCACUGGCCCGCGGUAUCCAUCGGGAUUUGCCAAGGUCACGGAUCCCAACAGCAUCACUAUGGAUACAAUCCACUACAAUGAGGAUAGGACCAUGGGUACCAAAAUUGGCGCGGCUAGCAACUCCAGUGAGGAGCGCAUUAUCCCCCAGGGCAAGAUCUUCACUCACACGGAGAUCGAAACCACCUUUGAAAGGAUGGAUCGUACAAGCUGUGGCUCAUCAUCGCUCGAGCGGGCUCGUCAAUGA